AUGGGAGAUGGCCUCGUCUGCUGCGAAUUCAGAAAACCCGGCGACAAUAACAAGAAAGUUAACAGAAUUGGAAAUGGAAAAGAUAAAAAGAAAGGCAAGAACAAUAAACUCAAUGUUCAGGAUGAAAAAAUACAUGAUGAAGGCGGAGAUGAAAAGGAGAACAUUGUUAAGAAAAAAGAGGUUAAAGGAGGUAAAAAUAAAGACAAAAAGGAAAAGAAGAAACAAACGAAAACGGCAAAUAAAAAAGAUGGAAACAAGAACAAAAACAAAAAGGGAAAUGGCACAUCAAAAAUGACAGGAGACAGAAAUCUAGGGUCAAAGACAACUCAAAAGAAUAAUGAAAAAACAAGAGGAAAGGGUAAACCACAAAGGCAAAAUAAAAAUAGCGGAAUAUCAAAACAGAAGCAGUCUGGAGGAGCGAAAAAGCAACAGAGAGGGAAGGAGAAUAAGAAAGGAUCUACAGCCAAACUUUGCGCUGAAAAGGCAGGCAGAUGCAUUCGUAAGAGCCAAUGCAACAUAAACAAAGGAAAGCAGGACUGCACGUACGGCGUUUGUUGUACUGAUGCAAAGAGGUCCGGCUCCUCGAAAAACCUGAAGAGGAAUAGAUGCAACCCGAAGGACUGUGUCAAGAAGAAGCAAUGCAACAUCCCAAAUGCAAAACAGAAAAGUUGCAACCAAGGUUUCGUGUGUUGCACCAAGAGAAACAGAAAUCUAAAUGGAAGCAACGGAUGUAAAAAUUCUGGGGGUCAGUGCAAGAGGAAAAAUAAAUGCCAAGGAAAAAUCAUCAACGAGAAAUGCCCAGGCAACACCAAAUGUUGCGUGUCGGUGGUGAAAAGUAACAGGCCAGCUUAUUCCUGCGAGGAAAAGAAGGGCCAGUGCCAAACUACUUGUAAGAAAGGCACUAUUCGCAUGAAAGGAAAAUGUCCCGGGAAUAACGUGUGCUGCGGAGCCAAGAGUGUCUCGGCCGGGCCCAGAGCAAAUCAGACAGUUGAGAAAAGGAAAAGCUGCAAGCGGAUGGGAAUGAAGUGCAAACCUAAAUGCAAGACAUUCACUAAUGAUCUCUGCAAGAGUCUCUCCGGUCAGUGCCGAAAGAAAUGUAAAGAAGGCGAAAAUUUGGUGGCAAAUGGUUGCACUUCAGAUAAGUGCGUCUGCUGCGCAAAGGGAAAUAUGACAACUACAACUGAAUCAACGAAUGCUUCUACAAGCCAGGGACCUAAUCCAACAAAUGUUCCCACGUCACCAAAUCCUGACUCAACAAAGGCCCCUACAUCUCAGAAGCCUGAUUCAACAGAAGCCCCAACAUCUCAGAAGCCUCAUUCAACAGAAGCCCCUACAUCUCAGAAGCCUGAUUCAACAAAUAUAACUUCCACAUCUCUUAAGCCUGACAUGACCAAGUCUCCUACUCCUACGCCUGACAAAACAAUCGCUCCUACAUCCAAGAAACCCGACACAACAAUCGUUCCGACGUCCAAGAAACCUGACGAAACAGUUGCCCCUACAUCCAAGAAACCUGACACAAUCGCUCCUACAUCCAAGAAACCUGACACAAUCGCUCCUACAUCAAAGAAACCCGACACAACAAUCGCCCCUACAUCCAAGAAACCUGACGAAACAGUUGCCCCUACAUCCAAGAAACCUGAGACAACCAUCGCUCCCACAUCCACAAAACCUGGCACCACCAAAGCUCCUACUUCUACGAUUCCUGACACAACAAUAGCUCCUACAUCACCGGCUUCUACAUCAAACCCAACUACAACUAUCAGCGCGGUCACCACUACAUCUGUUACUCCAACUCCAAGACUACCACAGAUAUACAGGCAAAUUGCCGAACUAGAAACUGUAAGAAAUAAAUUAAAUUCCCUCUUAAAGAACUUAUAUAGUCUAUACAACGGAAUCCAAAAUGCGCUAAAUGCAGCAGUAACUAGAAAACGCAGAAAAACCAGAGAUUUGGCUACCGAUAUAAGUACAUUUAUUACAGAUACACAGGCUCUUCUAUCGAAAAUCACAAAUUAUGUAGAUCAAAGAAAUACAACAAGCAUAGACUCCUCAACUACUGAAACUGAAACACUUGUGGUAACAGUGAUUACAAUCAAAGUUUCUGUUAAAUCUAACCCCAGUAAUUUGACUAGUGCCCAGAAAACCAACCUGAAGGCUCUCCAGACUUCAAUUGAAAACGAAGAAGAAAAUGUUGAAGACGAAAUCAGUAGUAUUGAUAAAGAAAUCGCUGCAUUGAAUAAAGAGGCUUUAACAGAAGGUGGAACCACACUUCAUGUAACGACUAUUUCAAAAGAAGAAGUAACAGAAGCAUCAGUCCAAUCUACUUCAUCAUCUGGUUCUAAAACUUCAGCAUCUGAAGGUGAAUCAACAUCAAGUCGUGAAUCAUCAUCAAGUGGAGCAUCAACAACUGGUUCAACAGCAGCAGCAGGCUCUACAAACGGAGAUUCUGCCACAACAACAACUACAGAAAGUGGCACUACCGAAGAUCCUUUGCCUGCAAUCUACAGAAAAUUGGCAGAACGAAAGUCGGUCUAUCAAAGCCUAAAUAAAGUAUCAACAGGUCUUAAUACUCUAAACACAAAAGUAAGUAAUUUGAAAAAUGCAGGACGUAGGAGACAUCGAAGAGAAGCACAGUCAGCAUCAUCAGUAGGAUCUACCACUUCUACUGGAGGAUCAACAAGCGGGUUUACUUCAAGUCCAGCUGGAGGAUCUUCCACACCUACUGGAGGAUCAACAAGCGGGUUUACUUCAAGUCCAGCUGGAGGAUCUUCCACUCCUACUAGAGGAUCAACAAGUGGGUUUACUUCAAGUCCAGCUGGAGGAUCUUCCACUCCUACUAGAGGAUCAACAAGUGGGUUUACUUCAAGUCCAGCUGGAGGAUCUUCCACACCUACUGGAGGAUCAAACGGGUUUACUUCAAGUCCAGCUGGAGGAUCUUCCACACCUACUGGAGGAUCAACAAGCGAGUUUACUUCAAGUCCAGCUAGAUCUUCCACUCCUACUGGAGGAUCAACAGGCAGGUUUACUUCAAGUCCAGCUGGAGGAUCUUCCACACCUACUGGAGGAUCAACAAGUGGGUUUACUUCAAGUCAAGCUGGAGGAUCUUCCACACCUACUGGAGGAUCAACAAGUGGGUUUACUUCAAGUCCAGCUGGAGGAUCUUCCACACCUACUGGAGGAUCAACAAGUGGGUUUACUUCAAGUCCAGCUGGAGGAUCUUCCACACCUACUGGAGGAUCAACAAGCGGGUUUACUUCAAGUCAAGCUGAAGGAUUAACCUCUCCUACUGGAGGAUCAACAGGCAGGUUUACUUCAAGUCCAGCAGGUGGAUCUUCCACCCCUACUGGAGGAUCAACAAGCGGGUUUACUUCAAGUCAAGCUAGAGGAUCUUCCACUCCUACUGGAGGAUCAACAGGCAGAUUUACUUCAAGUUCAGCUGGAGGAUCUUCUACUCCUACUGGAGGAUCAACAGGUGGGCUUACUUCAAGUCAAGCUAGAGGAUCUUCCACUCCAACUGGAGGAUCAACAGGCAGGUUUACUUCAAGUCCAGCUAGAGGAUCUUCCACUCCUGCUGGAGGAUCAACAGGCAGGUCUACUUCAAGUCCAGCUGGAGGAUCUUCCUCUCCUGGAGGAUCAACAGGCGGGUUUACUUCAAGUCCAGCUGAAGGAUUAACGUCUCCUACUGGAGUAUCAACAGCAACUCCAGCUAGAAGAUCAACGACAGCACCUGUUGGACCAUCGACGACAACUACUGGAAUAUCAACUCCAACUGGCAGAUCUAUUACCAACCCUACUGGGAGAUCAACUAUUCUUACAGGGGGAUCAACCAUUCCUACUGGAGGAUCAACUGCAACUCCAAUUGGAAGAUCAACUACAACGCCUACUCAAGGAUCAUCAUUAACACCUAGUGGAUCAACGAAAACUUCUCCUACAAGACCAACCAUAACUUCAGCAUUUGGAUCAACUGAAACUCCCACUGCUAGAUCUACUGUAACAUCUGCUGGAGGAUCAACUUCAGCUCUUUCUGGAAAAUCACCGGCUACUUCUGCUGGGGGACCAGCAACAUCAUUAUCAUUUGCAGCAACAGUCAGUUCUGGUUCUUCAAAUGCACAACAAUCAGCUUCAUCUGGUGCUGCCAUUCAAAACACUGACUCAAAUAAAACUACAACAAUUACUUCCUCGACUGUAGAUCCUGAAGCCAAAUUCAUUUCUGAUUUACUUAGUGAUUUGAACACCCUACUGAACAGUGUGAAAAAGGCCACGGCUGUUGCUACCACUCUAACUUCAUUCAUAAGUACCAUGGCUACCCUUGCCACACAGUUAGAAACCACAAAAACAUAUGUUGAAGCUGACAGCAGUCUCUUAUCAAGCAGUGUUUUGUCUUCACUGAAUUCGAUGUCUACACUAAUAACAGAAGCUAAUACAACUAUAAAUACUUUGAAAACCGAAGUUCAGGCAGAGAUAGAUAGUUGGAAUAGUAAGGCUCAACAGUAUGGUGGAACCACACUGAAAGUAGAUGAAGUCACCUUUGAUUCUGCCACAACUGUCGUUGCUAAGUGUAAGUUAACAUAA